ACGCGACUGAACUUCCAAUGGGAAUGGAGAGAACGGGAAGCUUGGUUGUGUGAAAGCUUAUUAGUCGCUACAAACAGCGGAACAUCGACUAGACAGACAUCUCUUCUAGGAAUUGAGUCACACAGAUGUUAGUGCUGUGUGUGUGUGAUGUAUGUGAAGUACUCUUUUCGGUGAUCUAAGAGGGGGAAGACUACAGGCAGCGCGCAAUGGCGAGAUAGUCAGAAGAGCAAGGAUGACCGCGGUGGAUGAAAAAACACCCGAGGAAAAGAAUGCCAUGGCCCCGGAGGAUGUGGUGGGAGACCGGGCGUCUUCAGGUGUGGAAUGUGCGAUUACCAGACCCACCCUGCAACGGCUUCGCGGAGCGUUGAUCACUUUACUUCUAAUUGCUGCUGUGCCGAUUCUUGCAGUUGGUUACAAAUAUUAUCAAGAUCAACAGCUUCAACAGCGUCAUGAACAAGGGUUGAAAGCUCUCGGUCCGGACGGUCUUUUCAUCUUCUCGUCCUUGGACGCCAAUCAUGAUUUUUAUCUCAGUCCUGAGGAAUUCAAGCCCAUAGCUGAAAAGCUGACCGGAAUUGCUCCUCCAUCGGAUGAUGAUGAGGAUGUGCCCAGUGACCCUAACGGAGAGACCAUCACUCUCCAAGCCAGAAUGCAGCCCCUGCUGAUGGACACCAUGACCAAAAGCAAAGAUGGCUUUUUAGGGGUUGCUCACAGGUCACUGAGUGGUCUGCGCUCAUGGCAGGCCCCAGCUGUGCCUGCCAGCGUAUUCUCAGCUGACCAGUUCAGGGUGUUCUUGCCCCCCAAGAACAAGGAGGCCGUGGGGGACACCUGGUGGAUCAUAGCCAGUGACCUGAACAUCUUCACUGGGUACCUGCCAAACAACCGCUACACCGCUCCCCCACCCAGAGGAAAAGAGGUGUUCAUUCAUUCCCUUCUGAGUAUGUUCCACCCUCGGCCCUUCGUCAAAUCGCGCUUUGCCCCUCAGGGUGCUGUGGCCUGCAUCCGGGCAGCGAGUGAGUUCUACUAUGACAUCUCAUUCAGAAUUCAUGCAGAGUUCCAGCUGAAUGAAGUCCCAGACUUUCCAUUUUGGUUUACACCGGGACAGUUUACAGGCAACAUUAUUUUGGCCCGAGAUUCCUCUCAUGUUCGCGAAUUCCAUCUUUACGUGCCAAACGACCGGUCCCUUAACGUGGAUAUGGAGUGGCUAUAUGGAGCCAGUGAGACCAGCAACAUGGAAGUGGACAUAGGAUACCUGCCACAGAUGGAACUCCAAGCAGCGGGGCCGUCUACUCCCACCGUCAUUCAAGAUGAGAAUGGCAACGUGAUUGACAGCCGCCUAGAAGGAGGAGAACCCAUCCAGUUUGUGUUUGAGGAGAUCCACUGGACAUCAGAAAUCAGCAGAGAGAACGCUACACGAAACAUAGAGAUCACCUUCUAUCCCUUCAAAAAGGUUUCAUAUCUGCCUUUCACGGAGGCCUUCAGCAGAGCCCAGGCUGAGAAGAAAUUGGUCCACUCCAUACUGCUCUGGGGCGCCCUGGACGAUCAGUCCUGCUGAGGUUCGGGGCGAACUCUCCGGGAGACGGUCCUGGAAAGUUCGCCCGUUUUGGCUCUGCUCAACCAGAGCUUCAUCAGUAGCUGGUCCUUAGUGAAGGAACUUGAGGACCUUCAGGCUGAUGAGAUGAAUCCGGUCUGGAGUCAGCAGGCCAGAUUACACUUGGAGAAUUACAACUUCCCUGUGGAGAUGCUUGUAGCAUUGCCCAAUGGUACAGUGGUCCAUCAUAUCAAUGCCAACAAUUUCUUGGACCAGACAUCCAUGAAGCCAGAAGAGGAGGAUUCAACGUUUACCUUCUCUGCUGGUUUCGAGGAUCCUUCAACCUCGUCUUACAUUCGCUUUCUCAAGGAAGGACUGGAGAAAGCAAAACUAUUUCUGGAAUCGUAAGGACUUGCUGUCCUGGCUGUGUCUAUGUGGGAGGUGAGGUGAGGAGUGCAUUCCAAUAUGCAGACUUGCGUCCUCUACUUGUGAUUGUGGCCUCAAACCCACAAAGUAAUAAGUCAUGAUGAUGACGACAUCACUGACAAUAGCAUUACCUGUAUAUUUCAAUAUCUCACAAAACCUCAAUUGUAAAGUAAUUUUCUCAUUUGCAAACUGGAUAGUGAAUGAAGAAUAGUCCCCCAAAAAUUGUUGUGGCUAGGCUGACAGUGGGAAAACUUCUCCACGGAGGCGGGGCAUCAGCACAAUGUGAGGCCACAAGCACAAAUGGAGGAUGCAAGGUCGCAUAUUGGAAUGCACCCAAGGUGUGGGAGAGGGGAAGGGAAAUUAGAAGCAGGAACACGAAGCCAUUAGUGGCUUAGCUUCAGGAAGAGUGGCCUCCAUGAGCAGACACAGAAGCACUAAAUCACAGAUCAUUCUCCAAGAAUGCGUCAAGAGUUAAGGUUUACAACAUGUUUCUCCCUUUGUAAAAACAUUAACUGUAGAAGUUCAAAUGCUGUCAGUAGACUACUGUUUGAAAAGGGGUUGCUUUUAUAUCCACCCAUUAAGUAUUCAGCCAAGUUACAUUUCAAAAUCUCACAUUUUAUAGAACUGUUAAACAGCAAUGCAGUACUUAACUUACGCCUGCACAUGGGUAACUGUAUCUCUUGAUGCUCAGACAGUUAGAGAUUGUCCACUAUUUAUUUUUUAUACUAAAAACUAUUGCGUCAAAUACUGUUCGUUGUGAUCGUAAUAGCUGUGUUUUAUUGUUUUUGUUACGGUACAUUGUGUGGCUUAUUGUCAUGAUGGCAUUGCUUUCGACAGAGCUGAUGUAAGGAGGACAAAGUUGGCUGUUCCAGUCAGUGCUCCAACUGUUUGUGAAGGCCUGGCCUGAAAACCUCAUACGGGUGGGGCCCAGCCUGAUGUCUUUGUUGGAGCCAAGGAAAGCAGCAGCCUCCUCUUGUCUCAGGAGUGACUGAUCAGUCUGUUUUCGAAAGCAUUGUCAAUGCCUAUUGUACAACACACACACACAC